UGCAGAAAAGUGCCACCUGCCUCGGCAGUUUCACUUUCGAUUUCCUCCGGAUCUUCGGCGGAGGCCUGCCUUGUGGGGCACUUGGAGCGGGGGUUUGGAUCCCGGCCACCAGAUUUUUGAUCAGGAUUGUUAAAAUGAGUCUACGGAAGCAAACCCCCAGUGACUUCUUAAAGCAAAUCAUCGGACGACCAGUUGUAGUAAAAUUGAAUUCUGGAGUGGAUUAUCGAGGGGUCCUGGCUUGCCUGGAUGGCUACAUGAAUAUAGCCCUGGAGCAGACGGAAGAAUAUGUAAAUGGACAGCUGAAGAAUAAGUAUGGCGAUGCAUUUAUCCGUGGAAACAAUGUGCUGUAUAUAAGUACACAGAAGAGAAGGAUGUAAAGGCGCCAAGAGGACAGUACUUUUCAUACUUGGAUAUAUUUUUUAUGGGAUUUUUUUUGGUUCUUUUGUGACUUGACUUGUCCUGUUUCAUAAUAGUUGGUGAUUUUUCACUGACGUGCGAGUGAGAGAAGUGCACAAAAUCGUGGAUGUAGUUGUAAAGAGCUUCCUCCAUAUUUAAGUUCCAGGCAUUUUCUUUUCCCGCUGUGUCAGUGUGCAGAACGCAAA